GGGAUUAUUUGUUUUUCUUAGAGGCGGUUCUUACAAAUUCAUAUCUCUAGUUAUCGUUGGUGGUAAUUUUCUGUCACUCAUAAACAGUUUGUCGAUCUUUUCACAGCUUUCACUCAUGACGAAACACCAAAGCGUUUACAGAAGACGUACUCUCUCACUUGCAGAUGUUCCAGAUUGUCGCAAAAGUAGUCCUGCAAAUGCAACUGAAAAUCAUGAGAUCGAUUUUUCCAAAGCAUUCCAUCGUAAUAUGGUACGCUGCCCUUCGUUUGCUCUUCUCGACAUCAGUCAGAACUCGUCAAAUGAAUUGGCCUGCCUUAAACUUCAAAAUACACUGAAAAAUUCAAACUCUCAGUUGAAAAGUGUUUGUGAACCCAACAAACUUCACACUUCACUGAAGUCUGAUUCAAAUUCUCAAACAGCAUCAAGUUCACUUACAUCUAGUCUCUCAUUUUUUGAGCCGUAUCCCGCUGAUGAAUUGCCUGAUGUUAUACAGCCAUUUAAUGAGCAUAAUAUUCAGUUGAGUUCUACAAAUUUGUCGCAAUUAAACUUUAUGGAUUACUUAUUACCUUCAUCUUUAUUAUCUUCAUCUCUGGUCAAACUGUAUUUAUCCAAGGUUACCACAGGCUCAUCUUUGAAGUCAGUGACAAGUUAUCUUGGUCCCGAUAAUGAAGAAGCCAAGUUUCAUCAUACUGACUCUCAAAAUCUUGUCGGUAUACCCGGAUGUCUUCAGAUUGCAUCGCAUUCAUUGGUCUCUAUGGUUAUGCCUAUAAAAAAUGUUGAGAUUUAUUCAAACAGAAACACAAAGAAAAGGUUAAGUUUAUAUUCAUCCAACGGAAGCCUAAAACUUCCCCAAUUUAUGUUGCAUAGUUGUGACAAGGAUAUGCUUCGCGAGGUCAAUUAUUCAAGCAGUACUGAGUCUUCAAAUACUGCAGAAGACACAUCCAACUUCUCAAGUGGUUACUACUCAGAUAAUUAUUUUAGAGGAGAAAAGAAGUGUGAUAAUAGUGGAGGACGUCUGGAAAUGAAAUUUCAUCAUCCAUCUCAUCGAAUCCCUUUGUUUUCAGGUACACGAACCGCUAGCUGUGUAUACAUAGCUAGCGAAGGUGUCUCUGUUAUCGUUGAGAUGUUCCCUUGAUAUUUUGUAUCUACUUCUGGCGGUGUUGUGGUAUUAUCCUCAGGUCAUUCUGCAUUCUUUGUUGUGAGAGAAAGAAAGAAGAACAGCAAAUCUCCAUCAUUCUCUUGUUUGAUGAAGAUUGUGCUAAAGUCUUAGAUUUUAUGAAGGCUAUCAAUGUUGAGACCCAUGUGAUUGAGAGUGGUUUUUUAACCCUUUCAAUCACAUUUGUUGACGAAUUUUUGCUGUGAUUUUGCUGAAUUUGGCAACGGAUUGUGAACAAAGUGACAACUCAAAUGUGUAACGAGUUACCCAUAAAAAACGUGGGUUUAUGGGCUUAAUUUAUCGAAAGGAUCUCAAAAGAAUUUGCUUUUCAUUGCAUACGGAAACGGUAAGGCAUCAACGAUUAAGUUCAGGAUCAGUUUGUGGAGGGUUGAUGUCUUCAGAAAAACGAACUAUUACUGUGAAAAAUAUCUGAAAUAUUGUAUUGAUCCAAAAAAUCGUAAACAUUUCUAUUCUCUUGUCAAAAAGUGACGUUCAUUGAGUAAAGACAACAUCCUGACUGAGGAAUUUCAUUGGUAGUGGUUUACUCCAUGUGAAGUUAAAUUUUGUGGUUCAGGGGAAAAGAUGAAGAAAGAAUUUUAUAAAGCAUUGCAUAUUGUUUCAUUUCUAGGAUUAUUAUCUUAUUGCCAAUUUCAAUAUUUAAAUAUUACGAACAAUAAACUGUCUAGUUCUAUUUUGUUUGAAUCAAAAGCUAUAUAAGUAAUCCAUUGAAAACCACUGAAAGAAAUCAACUCCUUGUUGUAAAUCAAUGAAGUUGUUUUAGUAGCUCACAUGUCAGCCAAAACUAUAUUAAUAAGCUUAAGAAAAUAAAAAGGUUUCUUUAUGAUUAUUAUUAAUUCAUCACUUGGGAUUCAAGUAUAGUGAAAGGAUAUAUAACUUACGAUUGUUUCUACUCAUCAACCUGUUUUUAAAUCGGACUAGCAAUAUUUCUUUUUAGUUUUAUCUCUAAUUUUUACCUUUUAGAUGGGCACUUGAAAUCAAAUCCAGCAUACAUAAGCAAUGUCGAUCUUCACCAUCAUAUACGUCAUCGUAAAUUUGCCUUGACAAAUAUCUAUGCUGGCCUUAAUUCUAGUAAAGGCAAUGGGUCUUCUGGUUCUUCCAAUCCUACUCAAUCACACAGUAAUUAUGUAGGUGGGAAGUCGAAUUCCGCUACUACCAACUUUAAUCAAUCAAGUAUGACGUCUGUACAUGAACAUACUCGAAGUUGUGGGGCAUUGGAACGUUUAUGCAGUUUAUGGACAAAUUUAAAAUUGGAUAUAGCAGAAGAAGAGAAAUUCUAUUACAUGGAUGAAAGAUCACUAGAACGAAGGGUUCAUGCACAAGCAUCGAAUAUAAUUUCACCUGUAUCCUUCUAAAUAUUUUCCAAUGUCAUACUCUAUCUGCUGACUGCAGAUACUUGAGCAGAAAGUUGAUAUUUUUGUCAUAUAUCUUAAUUCCACUAUACUGUCUUCCGAAAUUUGACUUUGAUUUGGGAAAAACCGUCACAUUUAUUUUUAAUAUUAAAUCCUGUUAUUUCUGACAGAAUUUGUUUUAAACCCAUCUACUGUAAUUUGAGUAGAAGUGGAUUAUAUAUAUUAUAUCUUAUAGCCUAACACAUGUUGAAUUAAUAUAAUUUUUUGCACUUUCCCGUGAAUAUUAUUUUGAUAAUUUUGAUCUUUAUUUAAAGCAUGUUGAGAAUUCUCUUUCUGUUUCAUCUUAUAAAUGUGAUUCAACUUUUUGCUCUAUCAAUGUCCGCGUUUAUCUCCACACUAUCGACUGGAACUCAUUCUAUGUCCUUUUUCCUUCUAAUAGCUGUUCUAAUCUCAUAUAUAUGGUAACAAUUUUGUAGUGAUUCUCAGAAAUCUCCACUCGAAAUUUUCACCAUUCCCAUACUCCCUUCGUUUUUGUACUUAGAACAUAUUUAUAUUUGUGUAAAUUAUACAUUUGUAAAUAUAUGACAUAUGAAUGCUACGUUACCCUAAAUAUCAGAAGAUUGUAAAUUUCCGAUGUCUGCAAGUAUAUUGACCAUGUUCUUGGUUAAAAAUUAUCAAUGUUUUCUAAAUCCGUUUAACUCAGCUUUUAGCAUAUGUAUUUUAGUUUAAGCGUCUAAAGAGCUAGUGAAUAUGUAAUACUUAAAGUAAGUAAAUAAAAUGAAAUAUUUAUCCAAAAAUUGAUAUUCUGAAUAUCUGUUACAGUGAUGUUAAUGUGUGCUGAAAAUUGCUUGUAGAAAGUUCUCAAAGUAUUUAUAUAGAAAAUACUGAAAGGGUGUAUGUAGCUUAAUAUACGUAAACUUAAAAACCCUAAUUGAUCAUUUCGC